AUGGCUGGAGAUAGAGAUGAAGUACCGCGUCUCCUUCGAGAUCGCCACAUAAAAGCUGUUAGAGAUAAAUUUCAUCGGCCACCAACAGUCAAUGAACUCCGGGCCAUCGAUGCACUUCCACUUGAGCCUCGAAAGAACCUAAACGACACCUCUUCAAACGGUCAAAGAAUCUACGAACUGUUGAGAGCAUUUGAGAAGACUGGCUAUGUUGAAGGACUUGAAGAAGCUGGGAGACUUCUAUGGGCGCAGGUAUUUGCAGAACCAGAUUUCAGCCAGGAGCCUAGAAGGGAACCAUUUUCUGCCGUCAGGAAUAUUGCAGCACGUGGGAUCAAUGAAGUUAAAUACAGGGCCGAUCAACAUCCUACAAGAACACCGAAAGAAAAACCCUUACAAUGGACGUCUGCAGAGAAACUGAUUUCCAUUAAUGCUACUUCAAAUGCUUUUGCUGGAUCUCCUCAGAAGCCUUGGAUGAUAAGAGGUGUUUCGAUAUCACCGACUCCUCGACGUGCUAGUAUUUCAUCGGGUGAUAAUGGAAAUAACAACGAGCCUGCUAAUAAUCACUUCCAAUCUCGCGAUGCACAGCUGGUCUCAUUAAGAUUUGCAGAAUCUGGUCAGCAAACUCAAAAUCGCAUAUCUACAUUUACCACCCCAGUUCCAGGAGGUCCGCCGAACACCUAUGGCGGCGGUACUUAUAUGCCAUGGCCACUGCAUCAAAAAGCUCAAGAGUAUCAAUAUGUAAGCCCAUAUUCAAUCCAAACCUCUACAACAUCUGUGCCGUAUGUCCCGGAAAGAGGAGAACAAGCACGGGAUAUAAUGUCCCGUGCCAAUGUCCCUUCAAAUAUUGAUGGUGAAUCAAGAGUCCCAGUACAGCGACCAAUUUCCCGAUCUCAUUACACUUCAAACUUGAAGAGUGAAUUGACCGACUGUAACAUAUUAGUGGGAAAUCUUCUUCAUACCCACACGUCUCCUAUGUCAUUUCCCUCCGCAACCUUGGAAACAAAUCGAUUCGAUCAAACUACAUUUUCAAACUCGACUCCUCAAAACUCCCACUGGGGACACCGAACUUCCAUGAUGCCAUCUCUUGAGAAUUAUUAUGAUCCCUCUUCUUGUCCUUUCACAAACAGAAACUCUUUACGGCCAUCUAAUGACUUAUUAGAGUAUCAGAAUAGACAGAUUACAGGCUCAACUGGCAAUACAUACGAUCCUACAAGUCCCCCCUUUCAUCCGGCCAUAUCAGUUGAAGGACAACAACUCUUUCUCCUACGCAAAAAAGAAAAGGAAACAUACCUUGCUCGCAUAACCUCGAACAUCCACCAAUCGCUAUCAGCCCUACCUGAUACUCAAGGAGAUCAACCAACUGGCUCGAGCUCGACAACAUUUGCUGCAAAUACCUCAACGAGCACGUCGACAACUGACUAUAGAACUCAACAUGCUUCCCCAAGCGCUUCUAUGCAGCAAAGUCCUUCGUCUGAUACUUCCGCUGUACCACCGGGCCAAUCGAGUAACAAUCCUUUUGUCAUUCGUGACAAUAUGGGAUUUAUACAUCAAGGAAUGAAUUUCGCCCCAAAAAAUCUUCUGCCAUUGAGCUCCAGAAGAAUCAUCAGAUCUAUCUCUAGCUCCACCAUUACGCCAAUUCUGCCUUCACCCAAAACCAUCAAAGGCAGAACUACCUUUCCAAAUAAAGCCAAUCAUCACUCUGGAAUGUCGAUUCCUGAAAAUCCACUUCCCGGUACAAUCUCAAGCAUUAGAACCCAAAAUACCCUCUCGGUUCACAAUGCCAAGAAGAAUAGCACGAAAAAAGCAUUCAUUCCUGCAGCUCCAGUUUCCGCUCAAGUAGAUGGAGCAUCAGAUUCUGCAUCAAAUACCGGCGUUCAAGCACAUUGCAUUACAAAUUUAUCACCACAGCAAGAAUCAUCCUGCUCGAGCGCCUCCUCAAACUUCACCAUCAAGUUCAUCCACUUCGACACCAUGAAAGAUUACGACAACGACGACAAUGCGUGCACAGAACAACCCGCCUCCAACCCCCCGACCUCUAUCACCCAUUCCGCUCAACCUCUUCAAAAUCUCUUUCAUCCCACCCCAACCCGUCCUUCAUCCCCACCACUUCACCUCCGCCCCCACACACCAGAUUAUCUCGUCUUCCCACCCACCGCCGCCUCAUCCUCCAAGCAAAUCUGGCCACGACCUCCGCCCGAAAUCGAAGGCUACCGUCAAUACACCUUCGUCCGCGACCGCAUCUCUCUUAACAUGAAAGCCAAGCGUCGCACGGAAAUCGAUCUCGAUACAGGAGAUUAUCGACACAGCAUGGAUAGUCAGGAGACGAGUCGCGGAUAUAAAAUGGAUGGGACGCGUAUCCGCACUAGUUCGCGAUAUUUUCAUAAGAAGAGGGUUGCGAAGAAAUCAAAGGAGAAGAUGGAGGAAGAGAGGGUGGAUGAGAUUGCGAGGAAGGUGGAGAGUGUAGAAAAGGGGGUCGAGGAGAUGAGAAGAGAAGAGGGAGAUGUGUUCUUGGAGUUGUUAGGUGGUGGGUUCUUGCCUUUGUGA